AGCAGCGACACCACAAUAACACUCCGUCAUUUUUGGAACAAAUCGAUUCUUUCCCACGAAGACUCACUUCAUCGUUUUCUUUGUCGAUCUGAAGAUUUUUGAUAAAAUAUUUUUAGCCAAAAGUUGUACCGAAUAGUAGAGAACAAGUCUCUAGAAGUUCCCCGCUUUUGCGAUGGGGAGCGACUUCUUUGAGUCCCCGUAGCGUCAGAGCUACGCAAUUGCGGUCUAAGAUACACAACACACUGAUUUUGAUAAAUCCCAAACGUUGCGGGAUCGGAAAGAUCGCAGCCGAAUAGAAUUUUACAAGGAGAACAACUCCGCGAUCAUGUCGCUGAUAGCCAUUUCUCCGGACGCGUCGCAGUGGCGAUGUUCGCUCCUGCACGUGGACGGGAUUUUCAUUCUACUCGACGCGGGACUUCCGGUAGCGAUGGAGAACGUCGACAUUGAGGAUUUGUACCAGCCACUGAUUCCCUACAUUCCGGAGAUCUCCUUCGUUUUGAUCUCGCACCCCUCCAUCCAGCACUGUGGCGGCUUGCCCUGGCUGUUCGCCAAGCACGAGCUGCACGCGCCGGUACUGUGCACGGACCCCGUGCGGCAGCUCGGCGAGCUGGCCUGCAUCGCGUUUUUCGAAGAGCAGAGUCUGUUGAAGAAUGUGGAUUGGAUGGAACUGGAGGACGUCGUCGCUGCCUUCCUUUCGCAGAACUUCCAAGGUUUGAAAUUCGGCGAACGUUUCCUCUACCGAAAGCCGGUGUUGGGGCUCGCUGGCGCAGACGGGGAAAUCAACAACCAGAGACAGGAUGGUAUAAACGCCGAGGACGACGACGAUGACUACGACAAAGAAAACAAUAAGAACCGCAUGUCCACCGGGUCGCAAAACCGACCCCUCUCCGCGAAGAAGCGGAGCAGCACCGGGAAUAAUGGCGCAAAUUACGGCAAGAAUAACCCACAGUCCACCGCACAGCAGGGGCAGCUGGAGUGCACCGUGCAGGCGCACCCCUGCGGGUCGACCAUCGGCGGAACGUACUUCUUUCUGCAUUUUGGGCUGCAGAAAGUCGUGUACUGCCUCGAUUACGAUUUGCGGUCCACCCGAAUAGUGGACGGACUGGACUUGCAGACCUUGCUCACCAUCGGAGUGAGCGGAUCAGCCACGAUCUCAAGAAAUCACAUCUUUAUCACGGCGGUACCACCCACACGAAAGGAUAUCCCCAGGUUGGGGAACGAACGGUCGAUAACAGCGACCGCACCGACGAACGCAGCACAAGGAAAGAAGGGAGGCCACGGAAGUGUGAAGUCGGUAUAGAUGUUGGUUGGUUUAAUGGUGCAAUAAAAUUUGUCGAUUGACACAAGCUGGAAGAUGUUAAAAAAGGGGGAGCAGCUACGAAAAAAAGAGAUAUGAAUCGUGAUUGAAGAAUUACAAUGAACAUGUCGGUCGAACUGCAAAAAAAAUCAGAUCUGCCGCACGUGCGGUGAGGAGUACUUUCUUGAGAAGACGAUCGAGGUGCUUCGUAACGGCGGCGACAUUCUGAUCCCCACCGAUGGGACUUGUACCAGUGCGCUCGAGGUGAUUCACUUGCUGGACGAAGCCUGGAAUGUAGACAACGCCCUUGCGGAGAAAUUUGAAAUCUGCUGGGUCAGCCCAGUCGCAGACGUCGUGCUGGAGCAGGCACGAACGAGGAUGGAGUGGGUCUGCAAGAAACUCCAAGAACAGUACCACCACGCAAAGCGAACGCCGUUCAGGUAUUGAAGUCACUGUCAGUGUUUGUUUCGUUAGGUUGAGAAUUUUCAGACACAACUAGUGGUAGCUUUAUAAAUCUAGAAAACCUGAGUCGUUUUCCGAUAGUUCUGCAGUCUGGGGACCCGCGACGACCUGCAAAUAAAAUCUAAAACAAUCGACAAAAAUAAAGGUUUUCGCACGUGAAGCUGUUCGCCUCGCUGGAGGACUGGGCCGCCCGAGAGUCGAAGAAGGGGAGCAAGGCGAUUGGCAUGGGCACCAACAAGGUGAUCGUUGCCAACGGGCACUCUUUGGAGAACGGCGAAGCCCGUGAAUUUUUCCUGCAAAUCUGCCGCAACCCGAAAAACAUGGUUUGGCUCCUGGGGUACUCUAACGUACCGGACGACAGUCUUGCGAACGAGCUUAUGACGGACUUCAUCGUAAAUAAAGUCCAGCAGCGACAGUACAACACCAGGCAAUACAUCAAAACGCGAUGGAGCGAGCAGGAGCUGAGAAAGUAUCAUGGAUACAUCCCUCCUGUUGUACAUUUUUUUUCAACUGAUGAUUAUGAUGAUGAUGAACUGUCGCACACCGCUCAUUGACAGUUUCUGAUGCACGACCGCGCUAAAAGUAUGGGUUUCAAUAUGAAUAUUGAUAAUGACAUCACCAGGUACUACGAACGCAAAUGCGAAGAAGAAGUGCGGCGACAGCAGGACCUCACGGCAAAGAGAAAAAGGAGGCAGGACCUGCAUACGGCGUUACAGAGAGAAAACGACGGCGCAGCGCACGUCACAAGUGGCGCGGCAGCUGGUGCGGGGGACGCUCCACAGGUACAACAGACCUCUCACUCUACAUUUCUCGAUUAAAUUCGUGUGGCACAGCUAGCGAACAGGUGGCCUUGAAUGCGGAGGUUCUCUUCUAGAAGGCGUAGCGGAAAGAAAUGAAGUUGAAACACACAAAUACCACAGGAACACGUCGCUUUCGAUGACGAAGAUGCCUCGUUUUUUCAAGAUUUGAACUUGUUUCCGAAGCACAAAAACUUUACUUUCGAGUUUGUGCAGGCCCGAGGUGAUGAUUACGGGCAGCCGCUAUCGAACAAAGAAAUCGAGGCAUGGAAGACAACCCACGAAUAUGAGUCCGUCGUCACGGGGGACGGGGCCACAGGUACUGGCUGUUUUAUGGAGAUGAUUCAGAUGUAGAUUGAUCGCAGAAAAAAUUUACUUCAUACACCAUCAGGUUUUAGUUUUUCGCGCUCCAGAUGAAAAGGUUGAACGUUUGCAGUUGCGAAGACCACAAGUUGCGAAUUUUUCCAUAAUUAUGUUGACGUCGGAAGAUCAUUCUGAAUCUUAUUCUAUUUCAACUCCCUCCCCCCACCCACACUCACCAGGUGCCUCCGGCAGCGCGGCUGCGAACCAGAACAAUCCGGACUUUGACUGGUUGUGGGAUUUGCGUGUGCGGUUCCGGGAGCCCAUGAAAAUCGAUGUGCUCGAUUUGGAACUGCUCGUGGAGUGCAUGGUCUGCUACGCGCCCUUGGGGUUGAAAGACCACCGAGACAUGCGCGCGCUGAUCUCCUCCGCGUCGCCACUGCAGCUGAUUCUGCUCCCCACGAAGAAUUACGUGGCGGAGGAAGCGACGAACACCCUGAAGCUGCAGUACGAGGCGAUGAGCCAGACGUCGACGACCGUGAAAACAUUUGCGCCCAACAUGGACGCGAACCUGGAUGAUUCUAACAUUGUCCACUUCGGAAGCGGCUUUUCCCGGCGGAAACGCCGCGCAGAGCUGCACGAGGACUUCAUCAAUUCGUUGGCUUGGUCGAAAUGCCAGAGUGCGCGCAUAGCGUUUGUGCAGGCCCAAGUGACGGCGAGCCCCGGCGACGAAAAGGACGACGAAGUGGACAUGUGGACCUUUGGGCCAUCCGGGAAAAACGCUUUGGUCGCCGGCGGUGCGGGAGGUGGAGUGGUUCUUACCGGGUUGAACAACAAGGCCAGCAAUGCUUCGAAGCCACCCAAAUUGCAGCUGAUUCCGAAGGAAAUCGGAGCGCAGGGAGCGGAAAUGAACAUUCGGGACCCGACGGAAACAACGGGGGAGAAGGACAACAUUCAUCCCACGAGCUCGCAACUAGGAUCCUACCCAACGCUGCUGGUCUGUCCCCCGAAACUCUCGCAAUUCAAGCAGACGCUGGCAGACGAAGCGCGGGCGGAUAACAAGACGUUCGUGACGGAGUUCAAAUCGCAAUUCGGCAAGCGGGUGCUACACAUCGACGACAAGGCCAAACUUAGCUACCUCAGCAGCAGCGACACCAUCCAGUUGGAGGGAACCUGCUGCGAGCAGUUUUACAAGGCCAGGGCAACUCUGUACAAAAAAGCAGUCUGUAUCUAAGAGCAGAUGCUUGGCCUCGGCCUCGUGGAUGAAGCCAGCUGAGAAGUUGUGCCUAAGUAACCGAACCAAGAAAAGUACCCGUACGACAGAGCGACAGCGACAGAAAGCGACUAGAAUAGUUUGACUUCUAACAGGACGACGUCCAUCGCAUUUAUUACGCGAGUGAAAAAUGAAUAUGGAAGAAAAGAGAAAGAACAAGAAGUACUUGCGGAAGUAGCUUAGGCACUCACCGCUAAUCAUGAAUGGUACACGUAGAGAACAAUCAAGUCAAUACGUGUUGCCGAAUCGCACACAAGAUCGGUUUGAGCGAGCGCGAAAUUCUC